AUGGGUGAUAAUUAAGUUUAGAUAUAAUAAAAGGGACAAGUAAAAAGUUAUGAUUACAAUUAAGUUUUGGCUGAAAAUUGUACUUAAAGUGAAGCAUUUUUAAAAUGUGGAUGUGCAGGAUUAUUAUAAAGCGCUCUAGAUGGGUAUUCAGCUACUAUAUUUGCCUAUGGAUAAACAGGCUCAGGCAAAACCUAUACUAUGGCAGGUGCUGAAGAGAAACUUUGUACAGAAGUAUAUGUUUCAGAUGAAACUGAAGGAAUUAUUCCUAGGGCCGUUCGUUAUUUAUGGUAGGCAAUGGUUUAAAGACAAGAGCAAUUUUAUGUAAAAGCAAGUUUUACAGAAAUUUAUAAUGAAUAAUUAAGGGAUUUAUUAAAUCCUUCUUCAGGUAUUUUACAUUGUAGAUGGAAUGUCAAAAAUGGUUUUUUUGUUGAAGAUUUGAUGAUUGUAGAGUGUACUAAUGUAGAUGAUAUGAUAGCUGUAUUACAUGAAGGAAUGAAAAACCGAAAGACUGGUGCACAUGAACUUAAUAAAGAUUCAAGUCGUUCUCAUUCGAUUUUGACUAUUUAUUUGAUUUCUGAACUUGUAAAUGGAGAUUAAACAAUGAAAAGAUACGGAAAACUGUCCUUUGUAGAUCUUGCAGGGAGUGAAAGGUUAAAGGAGUCGAAGUCUUAAGGUGAUAUGAUUAAAGAAACAGGGAAUAUUAAUAAGUCUUUAUUUACUUUAGGGAAAGUUAUUUAGGCUUUAUCGGAUAAAAAAGCUAAGUAACCUUAUGUGCCUUAUAGAGAUUCUAAAUUGACUAUGCUUCUUAUGGAUAGUUUAGGAGGAACUGCUAAGGCUUUAAUGAUUGCGUGUAUUUCACCUUCUGGGGCUUAUUUCGAAGAGACUUUGUCUACUAUGAAUUAUGCGGCUAGGACUAUGAAUAUUAAAAAUAAGCCUGUUAUUUCGAUGGAUUAAAAGGAUUAAAUUAUAUAUAAUUUGUAAAAAGAAAUCGAAUUAUUAAAAAUGGAAAAUUAAUAUUUGAGAGAAUAAUUAUCAAGAGUUAGUAAUGGAUUACCUAUUGAAAUUCCUAGUUUUAAAAAUAAAAAUAUAUUGCCUCCUUUAUCCUAAAAUAAUAAGAAUGUAACUUCAAGGCCUAUGUCUAAUUAGGGAAUGGAAAUACCUAUAAACAAAAUAAUAUAAGAAUAUUAAUAUGAAUUAAAUAGAAUAAAAAAUGAAAAUGAGGAAUUAAGAAAUGCAAGAGAACAUGCAGAAAAAAAAAAGGUGUUUAUUGGAAAUCCUAUAAAUAAAGGAGAUAUUGCGAAAGAAAAAAUGAGCUAAGAUUAUAUGGCUUCUGCUUUAAUGUUAGAAAAUAGUGAACUUAAAAAAAGAAUUAUAGAAUUAGAAAAUAAGAAUAUUGAGUUUUAGAAUAUUAUUAAAAAAAAUCUUAAUGGAGCUACAGGAUCUUCUUCAGCUGAAGAUUUAUAUGAAAUUAUGCAAUUAAAAUAAUAAAAUUAAAUACUUUAAUAAAGAGUAGAAUUUCUUUAAACGCGAGAAAAAGAUUUGCUAGAAAGCUUAAUUAAAUAAUAAAAAUAACAAUAAAAAAACGAUUAUUGA